AUGAAUAUUGAUACAAAUAAUGAGGAACAACGCUCCAACAAUCAAAGGAAUGAAGAAAAUCAAGAAGCUACAAAUGCUUAUGCUGUAAAAAUAAUGCAAAUUCAUUCCAACAUUCCUGAUGAUGAGAUACCAAAGGUUAGUAUGGAAUUUGAAACUGAAGAACAAGCUUAUAAUUUUUAUAAUGUUUAUACUUAUAAAGUUAAUUUUAGCAUACGGAGAAGCAAAAGUCAUAAGGAUAAUGAAAAUGGAAAAAUAAAAAAUAGAACUUUUUGUUGCUCAUGUGAAGGCUUUCGUGAGAAAGAUAAACGGAAUGAUAAUGUGAAAUGUCAACAGCAUACACAUGUGACUUCAAGCCCUAAUAUGAGUCACUUACAUAGGUCACAAAGAAGAAUAACCCCUGCUCAAGCAUCUGAAAUUGAAAUGGCUGAGAAUUCAGGAAUUGCUCCUAAAGCCAGUAUGGAACUAAUGAUUAGGCGAAUUGGGCCACAAACAUCAGUGUGUACGAGCUCAAGCGGCUUUGUGGCUCUUGAUAGUGACUCCUUUGGAAACUAA